CUUUUUAAAGGAAAUAUUUAAUCAUAAUUAUUAUCUCGUAUUUGUUUUGUGGCGAUUGGAUUGUUUGGGAUAUGUUGCAUUUAGUUGUUAUGGUAAGACGUAUUUUGCAUUUGUUAUUAAAUAAUCGAUUGAAUGGUUUGUUGGGUAUUGAUUUAUAAGAUGUAACAACUGCAACAUAUCAUAUGAGCGAUACCGAAGAGAGAUAUGCGUGCUCACUUGUCCAUUUUACUGAGAGUUUAUAUUGAACAAGAAAGGAAGGAUCGAACGUAUUUUUGUACCAUUCCUAUUCGCUGUCAUUGUAAAUGUGUAAUUUAUACAAAGAAGCAUCGCUGUAAUAAUUGUGAAUGAGUGUUUGAUAGAGAUUUUAUAUUUAUAAAAAGCUUUCUGGAAAUAUGCGAUCAUUCUGAGAUGGGAUGUCUUAAAUAUGUUAUGGGAAAUGGUAUUUUCUAUACAGUUUUUACAAUUAAUAAAAUAAUAUCUUGAACUAGAAAAAUGUAUAUUUUUAUUGUUGAACCUAUAACGCCUCAAAGAAAAUUACAUUUUAGAAUUGAAAGGCUUUGAUAUGGAACAGUAUUUAUUUACGGAAUAGAAGGGGUGACAUACAUGUAGUAUUGUUUCUUGUACUAACAUACUACAAUUAUUGUUAAUUUCCUAUCGUAAUGGAAUUAAUACUAUUUGUACAGGAAUAUAAUGCAAUUUGUGAGAUUCAUUGGUACCACUGUGGUACCAAGAUCUUGAAUAUAUAUUCGCUUCGUAUGUUAUAUCCAACGAGUAUCAAGUACGUAAUAUUUUGAAAUAGGAAUCGAUUUAGAAGCAACGUGUGUCUAUCAUUAAAAUUCUUUGCCUGCACGAAUUAGCUGGACAAAAUCGGAGUCAAGAUGUCUCUCAUAACACAAACCUCUCGGUACAUGGAAAAGUAGCAUCUACUAAAGUAAACUUGUAAAGUAGCUACACAUACCUUUGCUGUAAACAAUCAUUUAAUUCCUUUUCCUUUUCUCUAUCGUCAUCUUCUAAUCGUCAUUUUAUAUCGCUAUGUUUCUCAAUGAUUAAACGCCUCACACGCUUUCUUAUUGACACUCACGUUGUUAUCACUAGAAUCUUCUUCACUGCUUCCAUAUAGAUCACUUAUAUUUUUCGUAUUUUUCCUCCUUCAUAACAUUAAGUUCCAAUUAAAUUUAACUUAUAUAUAAGUUCCAUUUUUCGGAUUGCCUACUGCCGUGAUUGUUUAGAAUUUAACCGUUAUCUGUCCUAUCAAACUUCAGUAGAUAUGGCCCGAACAUCAUGAAUUUGAGUCCGAUCUUAAUUACUGAAUUAGAUUGCUUGAGUCAGACUCGUGAUAUACAUGUUUGGUACAAAAUUGUUAGUAACCGGUUUCUUUUCUUUGUUACAAUAUUUUCGGCACAUGAAAAACACCGCUCCGACAUUGCUACGUCAGCCGUGCAUCAUUCAAAUGGAUUUAAAUGAAGCGUGAUUGUACCUGUCAUAUCUAAACAUUCUGAUAUCUAAUUAAAAAUGAAAUACGGUGCGGACUAAUAUACGUGAAAUUCUGUAAUUUCUGUACACGUGUACCCAUGAACUUCAGUACAGAUAUUAAGAUCCGAGUAUUUCAAUACCUGUGUACCCGUGUAUUAAGAAAUACACGAAUUGAAACACGCGGGUAUUAGCUACACCUGUAUUUUCAGUAAACGUUCAAUAUCAGAAACUCUAUUUUGGGGUACGUUAUGGAAAUCAAAAUUUCAAUCUUUUGCGUACGCAUAUAACCCGGCGCUAGGCCUUAGAUUUGGAGAAAUUUGCUAAGAGCUGCCGGUUCCACUCCAGUAUAUUUCUGUCUAUAGUUAUGCGUCAACAAUGGCUAUUAUGCAUAGGUGCCCUGACACAUAACCUGAAACAUAUGACCGAGGAAUGUUCGAAAUUAUACUGACCUGCGAAAGAGAUCAAUUAACAAGGGGUUUAUGUUCCCUUUAUGUUAUUAUGCCGAAUGUAUUCUUGUUUGAAAUGGAGAAACAGGUAGAAUCGACGGUGCAUUAGUACUCUGUUUAAGAUCGUAUUAAGAAAUUUGUAGUACGGAGUCAAGAUAUUUCAUAUAUUUUAUUUCAUAUGUAAUUUAUGAAAGCAGUCAUUUGAAGUCUUUCUAGUGAUAAACAAAACAUUGUUAAUUAGGAAUUAUCACAACUAAUUAUGCAUAAUUCUAGAAUAUGAGAUUAUAGUUUUACCUGAUUACUCGUAUCUCGCUAUAAAUACCUUGCAUUAUGUUGCAUUUCAGUUGUUUGUGUUUGUGUUUGGACUUGGAUUAGAAAUGGAAAUGGUGAAUUAGGUAGGUGCAAAGGUUUGAAGCUAUUGUACGCGGCAAUAUAAGAAAUCCGCAGUGUGAACAUGACGCUCAUAUUCCGAUCGUGACGCAGUAUCCCAUAUUUAUGUAUAAAAGUCGGGUGUUUGAAAAGAAAUUUAUCUAGAUAGAUACGUGCGGCUACAGAUUAGACAACCACACUCCUUUGUCAGUGAUUAGUUUAAAGUAAUCUACACAAUAUGAAGCAACAGAAAAUGGUGGUAAACAAGGAUUUACAAUAUGAACGAAGUAGAUGUACGUUCGAUCCUGUGGAAGUCACGUAUUUCUUCGAUGGUAGUGCAGAAAAAACGAGAAAACGCCGUGAUCAAGAACAAUAUUUUUUGGAUGAUCUGGUGUUAAAAGAAAAUCUAGCAAUAAAAUAUAAGAGCCAUAAAGAAUUAUAUGAAGAUAAUGUUCAAAUUACCCGCAAUGUUAUUCACAAAAUUAGAGAAUUGCAACGCUCAGGAAAAGCAGAUAUUGAUCUUAUUACAAAUAUCCUUGUAGAAAGACUUGGGACUGCGCUAUUCGAAGAUGGAACUCCAAUGCUCCUGCAUUAUGCUAUGUUUCUACCCGCUUUUGCGGGACAAGCAAAUUCUGAACAGCAAGCAUAUUGGUUAAACAGAGCUUGGGCUGGCGAUGUUAUAGGAACAUAUGCGCAGACCGAACUAGGCCAUGGAACGUUUCUCAGGGGUUUGGAAACUACAGCAACGUACGAUCCGGAAACGAAAGAGUUCGUUUUGAAUAGUCCAACCUUGACGUCCUACAAAUGGUGGCCAGGCGGACUGGGUCACACUGCGAACCAUGCAAUAGUCGUUGCGCAAUUAUACACCCAGGGAGAAUGUAGGGGUGUUCAUCUGUUUGUUGUACAGUUAAGAGACGUGGAGACACACGAACCUUUAAAGGGCAUUGUAAUUGGAGAAAUUGGUACGAAAUUGGGGAUGAACGGCGUUAACAAUGGGUUUCUCGGAUUUCGUGGCUUUAGGAUACCACGGGAGAAUAUGUUGAUGAAGAAUUCCAAGGUACUAGAAGAUGGAACAUACGUAAAAUCUACAAAUGAUAAGUUAAAGUAUGGUACGAUGGUGUUCAUUCGAGUGAGGUUGCUGCGACUCCUCUUAACCUAUUUAACGAAAGCUGUUACUAUUGCGGUUCGAUACAGCGUAGUAAGACGUCAGGGUCAAAUAAAUCCUGAUCAACCAGAGGUACAGAUUCUCGAUUACGCAACUCAACAAUACAAAAUCUUCCCUCAUAUUGCCACAUGUUUUGCAAUAAAAGCUACUGCUAGUUGGGUUUGGAAUAUGUUUUAUACGGUACAAAAGCAAUUGCGCCAGGCUAAUCAUGAAAAAAUACCGGAGUUACAUUCUUUGUCAUGUUGCCUAAAAGCAGUUGUAUCUGCAGAUACAGCAGCUGGAAUAGAGCAACUUCGGUUAUCUUGUGGUGGACAUGGAUACAUGACUGCCAGCAAUCUGCCAACACUUUACGGAUUAGCGACCGCAGUUUGUACUUACGAAGGAGAAAACACAGUCCUACUUUUGCAAACAGCUGCGUACCUCGUAAAAUCAUGGAAGCAAGCUAUGAAUGGUGAACCACUGCCAGAAUCUGUAGAAUAUCUUAACGAAGCAGCAAAAGGAGUAAAAUAUCGUCCUUGGAGUAACGAUUUGGAACAUCUGAUUGAUGCCUAUGACGCGGUAGCCGCAGGAUUUGUUCGUUCAGCAGCAGAACAUUUGGAUCGCAGAAUACGUGACGGAGUUCCGAUGGAGGAGGCGUGGAACCAAACGGGCACCGAACUAACUCAGUGUGCGGAAGCUCACGCUCGAGUCUUCAUGGUAAAAACAUUUGCAAAAGCUGUUAAACAGUUAAACUCGAAGUCUGAAGAAUUUCGUCAAGUAAUGUUUCAACUCUGCGAACUGUAUAUCGUAUAUUGGGCUUUGAGAAACGUUGGUAAUUUUCUUCGGUUUUCUUCUAUGCAGAAAGAGCAUGUGGAGGCACUUCAUUCACGCUUGGAAUAUUUGCUGACGACAAUCCGUCGAAAUGCUGUAGGAAUCGUUGACGGUUUCGAUUUCGAUGACCAUAUUCUUUGCUCGGCUUUGGGUGCUUACGAUGGUAACGUUUACGAACGAUUGUUCCAAGAUGCCAUGAAGAAUCCUCUUAAUCGUGAAACUGUGAACAUAUCUUUUGAAAAAUACUUAAAACCAUUUCUUAAGAGUAAUUUAUAAUGUAAUCUUUCUACAUUUUUAAAGGAAAAUGUAAAUUGUGGUUAUCUAUAUUGUAUAUCGUAUGUGGUGAUUGAACUUUGAACAUUUUACAGUUUAAUAUCUUAUAGAUCGAUAUCCCAUAAAUAACAUGGUUGCUCAUUUAAAAAUACAAUUGUAACAAUGUAUCAUAUGGGCAAUAUCGAAAGAAGGUGUACGCGUUCAUUUAUCCACUUUGCUGAGAGUUUGUUUUUAAUGAAAAGAAGAAAUGUAGUUUUGUAUCGUUCUUAUGGCUUCUCAUAGAUAUUUAAUUUCUAUAAUGGACUAUCGCUGUAAUAAUUUCGACUGGACGUUUGAUAGUGAUUUUAUUUUUAAGAGAAACGUUUUAGGAUUGUGUGAUCAUUCUCGGAUAAGAUGUUUUAAAUAUGUUGAGAAAAAUGACAUGUUCCAUACAGUUUUUGUAAUUAGCGAAGUGAUAUUUUCAAAUACACAAGUGUCUAUCUUUCCUGUAACGCUUCAAAGAAAAUUACAUUUUACGAAAUAAAAGUGGUAACAUACAAGUA